AAGUCAUAUCAUUCUAUAGAAUUUACAAGUCCUCAAAACUCUCUGUUUGGUAGCUGUAGCUACCACAGUUACAUUUUUCAGCAAAACCAUGGAUUUUCUGAAUGGAGAGGGAGGAAUUGUGGGAGCCCUAAACGCCAAAGUUUAUGGCAAUGGAACAGAAACUCUUGUUCUCUCUCAUGGGUUUGGUUCAGACCAGACUGUAUGGCACUAUAUCCUCCCUUACUUGGCAUGCUACUUCAAGGUGGUGGUCUUCGACAUGAUUUUUUCAGCAAAUGUCAAUCCUCAGCUUUACAAUCCUCAUAGAUAUUCAAAGUUUGAUUCCUAUGCUGAAGACCUUAUUUGUCUUCUUGACCAGCUCAAUGUGACCAGUUCUAUCUACUUGGGUCACUCAAUGUCUGCCAUGAUUGGGUGCAUUGCUGCAACACAUAGGCCACACCUCUUUAAACAUAUUAUCUUACUAAGUGGCUCUCCAAGGUACCUCAAUGCAAAAGGAUAUUAUGGGGGCUUCAAGAGAUCAGAUGUUGAGAUGGUUUUCAAAGACAUAAAACAGGAUUAUCAUGCUUGGGUGAAAAAUUUUUCUCCACAGGCUGUUGGUGUCAAUGAUACAGCAUCAAUACAUGAGUUUGAGUGCAGUUUAGGGAGAAUGAAACCCAAUAUUACACUUCAUGUUGCUAAAACUGUGUUCUUGAGUGAUCUUAGAUGGGUGUUGAGACAUGUUAAGAUACCUUGCACCAUCAUCCAAUCUGAAAGGGACUUUGUUGUUCCAAUCUCAGUUGCAGAAUACAUGAAACAUAAGCUUGGUGAUGACACAAAGGUUGAGAUAUUGAAGACAAAAGGCCACCUUCCUCAGCUCACAGCUUAUCCUUUACUGUUGGAAGUAUUAAAGAGAGUGCUUCAUAUUAAUGAUUAACAUGAGAGGGUAUUUUAGAAAUC